AGUUUCCUCACAGAUCAAAAUCAUUUCAAGCUGCAUAAUAUUUAUGAACCAGACAAUCCAUUUCCCUUUAUGAAUAUAUAUAAUCCCUAAUGUAACUAGCUUUAGCUUUUGUUUCAACUCUACUUGCAAGCAAGGAACUACUUCGACAAUGCUUUAUUCCAUCUCACCUAUCUUAUAUAAUCCUCUACCAUCUAAAUCCUAAAUCACAAAACUAAGUUUCUACUUGUUCUUUUUCAGCAAAACUCUUUUAGUGUUUACUUUGUUAUGGCAGCCUUCGGUCGUCUGGCUCCAAAAAUGCAUCAAACCAAAACUGAUCGAAGAAUGUUAUAUGCCUCUGAUGACAAUGCAAUGACAAAACAAAUUCUUGCAACUCAUUCUCCGGACAGCCACAAAGUCGACGUCAAGCCCAUUCUGCUCAUUGUUGAGGAAGUUAUUCGUCAUGCAACUCCGGAUAUAAUUGGCAAAGGAAAUGGCCAGUUGGAUGACCAACUCAGUUUAGCAGAGAUGGAUGGGAUGCUUGAACCGUUGGCUCAUGUCGUACAAAAAGUUGGCGCUGAGCUAGCAUGUAAGUUCUUAGGUGGAGAUGCACAUGCCACAACUAUGGCUAUACUGAACUUACUAUCAAAUUACUCAUGGGAUGCAAAAGUGGUGAUCACACUGGCGGCCUUUGCUGUGACCUAUGGACAGUAUUGGCUUUUGGCUCAACUUUACACAACCAAUAUGCUAGCCAAGGCUCUGGCUUUGCUGAAGCAAUUGCCUGAUGUUAUAGAGCAUUCCAAUUCAUUGAAACCCCACUUCGAUGCGCUUAGCAAACUCAUUGCGGCUAUAUUGAACGUAACGAAGUGCAUUGUCAAGUUCACCGAGCUGCCAUCUCACUACAUUUCAUCGGACACGCCAGCAAUGUCUGUUGCACUUGCCAAUUUUCCUACAGCUGCCUAUUGGACAAUCAAAAGUCUGGUCGCUUGUACGUCGCUGAUUGAAAGCCUUGUCAGCUUGAGCCAUGAGCUAAUCAUGUCGACCACCGAAGUAUGGGAACUUUCGAGCUUGGCUCACAAAGUAAAAAAUAUACACGAGCAUCUCCAGAUGCAGCUGGAACUUUGCAUACAAUACAUAGAUGAGAAAAGGCAUGAAGAGGCCUAUCAGAAUCUUGUGAGAAUUUCCGAAACACUUCACCUAGACAAUAUGAAGUUUAUCAGGGCCUUGAUUUCUUCAAGAGAAGACAUACAUCCUCUCUAUGAUGGCACCACCAAAACGACGGUUCACCUUGAAAUACUGAAGAGGAAACAUGUGCUACUAUUGAUAUCAGAUCUCGAUAUCCCCCAUGAAGAGGUUAUGAUACUCGACAACCUAUUCAAAGAAUCGCACCAGCGACCAGAAAUUCGAUAUGAGAUAGUGUGGAUUCCGAUAAUCGAUCCAGCAGUUGAACAGCACAGCAAAAGCAAACACAAGUUUGAGGAGCUGAAACAGCUGAUGCCGUGGUUCAGUGUAUAUGACCCUUCAAUAAUUGAGCUCUCAACCAUAAGGUUCAUCAAAGAAAAAUGGAACUUCAGAAAGAAAACCAUUUUAGUGGCUUUAGAUCCACAAGGAAAAGUCUCUUCCACCAAUGCUCUUCACAUGCUUUGGAUAUGGGGAAAUCUUGCCUUCCCUUUCACUUCAGAAAGAGAAGAAGCACUAUGGAAAACAGAAAGCUGGAGGCUCGAACUUCUCAUAGAUGGCAUAGAUUUAUCCAUUCUCGAUUGGGCAGCAGAAGGAAGAUACAUAUGUAUUUAUGGAGGAGAAGACACAGAGUGGAUCAAGGAAUUCACAAGCAAAACAAAAAAAGUAGCAGAAACAGCAAAUGUGGACUUACAAAUGGCGUAUGUAGGGAAGAACAAUGCCAAAGAACGCGUGAGGAAAAUCAGCAUCAUGAUUUCAGACAACAAACUAAGCCAUUACUGGCCAGAUUCAACACUUGUUUGGUUCUUCUGGACAAGAUUAGAGAGCAUGAUGUACUCAAAACUAAACUAUGGAAAAACAGUUGAGAAUGACCCAAUAAUGCAAGAGAUUAUGACCCUUUUGAGCUUCGAUGGAAGUGAUAAAGGAUGGGCCAUUUUCUUUGGAAGAGCCGGGGAAACGACAAGAGCAAAAGGAGAAACUGUUCUGAGUUGUAUAUUAGCAUUCGAUCAGUGGAAAGAAGAAGUGGAAGAGAAGGGUUUUGUGAAAGCAUUGGAUGAGUAUUUGCAACAACUUAAAACCCCACAUCAUUGCAACCGCCUGAUUCUUCCGGGACUCGCCGGAAACAUACCGGAAAAUGUGGUGUGUGCAGAGUGCGGAAGAGCAAUGGAGAAGUAUUUGAUGUAUCGAUGCUGUGUUGAAUGAGUUAAACUGAAAACAGUGGAUUUUAUGUUUAUGUUUCUUAUGUUUGAUCGUUUGUUUUCUUUCUUUUCCUUUUUCUUUUUCUUUUUUAAAUUAAUGGUAAGUUGAAAGAGAAUUGUCUUUUGGUUUUGGGAUUUGAUGUUACUUUACCUCUAAGUUCUAACAACAAAUCAUGAAAUAAAGUUUUAUCCUUUCUCUC